GUCUUUAGUGCACGGUUAGUGUGAUAAAAUGGCGGAUGUCGACUUGAACAUUGACAAUUUAAUUCAAAGAUUACUUGAGGUGUAUCAGACGCCAAAUGACCAGGUUCCGAAGAAAGGCAGACUAACCGAUAUAUUUUUAUCGGAAUUCUCGGUGCGAGGAUGCCGUCCUGGAAAGUCAGUUAUUAUGACGGAGGCUGAGGUAAGAGGGUUAUGCUUGAAAAGUCGCGAGAUAUUUUUACAACAGCCAAUUUUAUUGGAGUUAGAAGCACCACUAAAAAUAUGUGGUGACAUACAUGGACAGUACACAGAUUUAUUACGGCUGUUUGAGUACGGUGGAUUUCCACCUGAAUCCAAUUAUUUAUUUCUCGGUGAUUACGUUGACAGAGGCAAGCAAUCACUUGAGACAAUCUGUUUAUUACUUGCAUAUAAAAUCAAGUAUCCAGAAAACUUCUUUCUUCUUCGUGGCAAUCACGAAUGCGCUAGCAUUAAUAGGAUAUAUGGCUUCUAUGAUGAGUGCAAACGUAGAUACAACAUCAAGCUAUGGAAAACAUUUACGGAUUGUUUCAACUGUUUACCUAUUGCUGCAAUUAUUGAUGAAAAAAUUUUCUGCUGUCAUGGAGGACUUAGUCCAGAUCUACAGGGAAUGGAGCAAAUUAGGAGAAUCAUGCGACCUACAGACGUGCCAGACACGGGUUUACUCUGUGAUCUCUUAUGGUCUGACCCCGAUAAAGAUGUUCAGGGCUGGGGUGAAAAUGAUCGGGGAGUUUCUUUCACCUUUGGCCCUGAUGUCGUGUCUAAGUUCUUGAAUCGGCACGAUAUGGAUCUAAUAUGCAGAGCUCAUCAAGUUGUCGAAGAUGGUUAUGAAUUUUUCGCUAAACGACAACUUGUCACGCUAUUUUCUGCUCCUAAUUAUUGCGGAGAAUUUGAUAAUGCUGGUGGCAUGAUGAGCGUUGAUGAAAAUCUUAUGUGCAGUUUCCAGAUUCUUAAACCGUCUGAAAAAAAAGCAAAAUAUCAGUAUGGCGGCAUGCCUGGUGUGCAAACAAGUAGACCAUCUACACCACAAAAAAAUCCAACAAAAAAAAGUAAAAAAUGAUUGUCAAAUGUGGCAGAUCCUGCAUAGCAAUCAACACUCAUGUCAUUUUAAGUUGUGGGAAUGUCACAUUAUUCAAUUGAACCCAUAAUGAACGAGUUAAGAGUAUACAAGUACCUUCCUCUUCCUUCUCCAAUUAUAAAGGUAAUUGAAUAAACAAAGAAAAUGAUAGAAAUUAUUUAAACGAUUAUUUUACGAUGAUAAAUCAUCAUUUACAUGUAAAAGUGAUCAUUUAAUAUUUUUUUAUUGUUAUUGAUAAUAAUUUAUAUGACUUAUAUAUUUACUCUGGCCGUACUUCCAUUCUAAAAAGAGCUUCUUAUAUGCAUUUCUUCACUAUAUAUCAUUAUUUAUUGAAAACGAUUAAUAGAUGUAUUUUUAAAAUCAUCGUUUCAAACAUUGUUAAUUAUUUACUGAAUUGUCUCA